AUGGAGGCGAUGUACAGGAGCAUUCUCCUGUUCGGGUUCGUCUUCCUGGACUGGGCUCGUCUGGCUGCUGCAGAGGAAGAAGUUCUGAUGAACACUAAGACAGAGACGUCUGAUCUCAAGUGGACCAUCUUUUCACCGGCCAGACCAGAGUGGGAGGAAGUAAGUGGUUUAGAUGAGGAGAACAACAGCGUGAGGACGUAUCAGAUCUGCCAAACCGACAGUUCUUCCAGCCACUGGCUGCGCAGUGGCUUUAUCCAGAGACUUGGAGCAUCUCAGGUUUACGUGGAGCUGCGUUUCACCAUGAUGGAGUGUUCCUCUACAAGCACUCACCACCGCAGCUGCAAGGAGACUUUCAACCUUUACUAUUACCAGGCAGACUCCAAUGAGGCCACAGAAACCCACCCACCUUGGAUGGAGAACCCCUACACCAAGGUGGACACAGUGGCUGCAGAUUUUCUACUAAGGAAGGGUGGAGAGCGGAAAUUUAAUGUGAAGACCCUAAGGCUUGGUCCUCUAACAAAAAGAGGUUUCUACUUGGCCUUUCAGGCUCAGGGAGCCUGCAUGGCCCUGCUAUCGGUCAGGGUGUUUUUCAAGAAGUGCCCCCCACUGGUCAGCGCUCUGUCCUCCUUCCCUGAGACGGUUCCCCGUUACCUAGUGCAAGAAGCACAGGGGUCGUGUGUGAAGCAUGCCGCUCAGCAGGGGCCCCGACCUCGACCUCCAAAGCUCUUCUGUGGUGAAGACGGUCAGUGGGUGGGACAGCCAACAACCUCCUGUGCCUGCCUGCCUGGAUUUGAACCAGCCGAUGGGCAAACACGGUGCACAGCGUGUACUGUUGGUCAGUUCAAGUCAGGCACAGAGGGACAAUGUAGAAGCUGUCCAGGAUUCAGCCACACCACCAUCAGGGGGGAGUCGGUGUGCGCGUGCCGCUCUGGGUACCUACGUGCAAAAUCAGACUCUCUUGACGCCCCAUGCACCAGAACUCCAUCAGCGCCACGGGGCAUCAUCCCAGCGACUAACGACACCACACUCAGUCUCGAGUGGAAUGACCCUCUGGACAAUGGUGGGAGAACAGACUUGAGCUACGCGAUCAAGUGCUCUGUAUGCCGGCCGCCCAAAGGGUUGUGUCUCCCUUGUGGAGACAGCGUCAGCUACCGUCCAGCGCGGGACGGCCUUCUGAAUCGGCGGGUGGAGGUGUGGGGACUGCUGCCUCACACCACCUACACCUUCACCAUCCAGGCGCUCAAUGGGGUGUCGCAGCUUAGUGGCAAGGAACCGGCCAGUGAAAGCAUCAACAUCACCACCAGUCACGAUGUGCCAUCUCUGGUAUCUGUCAUCUGGAAGAGCGACUCCACAGAGAGCAGUCUGACUCUGCACUGGUCAGUUCCAGUUCAGCCCCAUUUCAACAUCCUGCAGUAUCAGCUACGCUACUGUGAGAAGGAUAGGCGAAGUGACGAUCAGUGCUUCUACACGCAAAGUGACAGAAACCAGGUGGUGUUGACGGACCUCCGCAGGGCCACUCCCUACGAGGUGCAGGUUCGCGUGCAGACCCUGGCUGGUUAUGGCAGCUUCAGUCCUCCGAACACCUUCCGCACGCUACCCGAUGGACAUGACUCUGCCUCCCAGUUCUUGGUACCCGGCAUCCUUAUCGCAGUCGGGAUGCUGCUGCUUGUCACUUUUGUCUUCGCCGCUGCCUACUGCAUACGCCGACACAGCCAAAUUAAAGAUCCCGAGCUGAGCGACAAAAACAACCAGUACCUUGUUGGCCAAGGGGUCAAGGUUUAUAUCGACCCUUUCACCUACGAGGACCCUAAUGAGGCCGUGCGAGAAUUUGCCAAGGAAAUCGAUGUUUCCUGUGUCAAGAUAGAGGAGGUUAUCGGUGCCGGCGAGUUUGGGGAGGUGUGCCGGGGAAGGCUGAAGAUCCCAGGAAAAAAAGAGAACUAUGUUGCAAUUAAGACUCUGAAAGGCGGAUACACGGAAAAGCAGAGGAGGGAUUUUCUGUCUGAGGCGUCCAUCAUGGGACAGUUCCAGCAUCCCAACAUCAUCCACCUAGAGGGAAUCAUCACUGCCAGCUGCCCUGUCAUGAUUCUUACUGAGUUCAUGGAGAAUGGAGCACUAGAUUCCUUUUUGCGGCUGAACGACUGCCAGUUCACUCCCAUCCAGCUGGUGGGUAUGUUGCGCGGCAUCGCCUCUGGCAUGAAGUACCUGGCAGAGAUGAGCUACGUCCACCGAGACCUGGCCGCCCGCAACAUCCUGAUCAACAGCAACUUGGUGUGCAAAGUGUCUGACUUUGGCCUGUCGCGCUUCCUGCAGGAAAACUCCUCUGACCCGACCUACACCAGUUCCCUGGGAGGUAAGAUUCCUAUUCGCUGGACAGCACCGGAGGCGAUUGCCUUCAGAAAGUUUACCUCAGCCUCAGACGUGUGGAGUUAUGGCAUUGUAAUGUGGGAAGUCAUGUCUUUUGGAGAGAGACCCUACUGGGACAUGAGCAACCAGGAUGUAAUCAAUGCCAUUGAGCAAGAUUACCGACUGCCCCCGCCACCCGAUUGCCCCACCCACCUACACCAGCUGAUGUUGGACUGCUGGCAGAAGGACCGCUCCGCUCGUCCUCGAUUUGCAGACCUUGUUAGUGCUUUGGACAAACUGAUCCGCAACCCUGCAUCUCUGAAAAUCGUGGCUCAAGAUGGAGCAGGGCCGUCCUACCCCCUGCUGGAUCAACGUGCACCUCUAGCCCUCUCGCCGUGCGCUUCCAUUGGGGAAUGGCUGAGGGCCAUCAAGAUGGAGCGCUAUGAGGACAGCUUCCUGCAAGAUGGCUUCAACUCAGUAGACCAGCUGGCCCAAAUCACCACACAGGAUCUGCUGCACAUGGGAGUAACUUUGGCCGGGCAUCAGAGAAAGAUCCUCUCCAGCAUUCAGACGAUAUCUUUCCAGCACAAGAGCACAGCAACUGUGACUUUCUAGCCAACAAGUCUCCUAACCUGGAAGUGAACAUGGUACACAGGUGUGCAGCCAUGUCCCGAAAGCAUUCUGGAUUCUUUCCUUUAACCUACUUUGAACACGAACUCCAAGGAGGAUGGGAGAAUGUAUUCCUGACCAGGAAAGAGAGAGAAAAAAGCAGCAUGUUGAAUGACUGAUGAGACUUGUCCAGAGACUGGCAGGAACCUGUCACCUGGAGUGAUCAGGUGAUGAAGAUGUGCAGACUGACUCUGCCUCAUUUUUACCGUUCAUGCUCAGUAUUUUUUACAUCCACCAAGUAUAGAACCCUGUACAUGUGCCAAAACAAGAGGAACGCUAAGCCAGAGUUUACAGUUUCUCUUCAUUCUAAAAAUGGAUCGUUUACUUAUUUGUCGUUCCCUAAUGUCACUUCGAACUUUAACCAAAAAAGACAAAAAAAGAAAAUCUAAAGUUUUUAGCUGUCACAUUGUUCUGGAUUAUGUCACUUAAUCUGUAAUGUCAAGGCUGAGAAUUGUCACCCCCCUCCCCCAUUUGAGUUCAACAUUAAGUCCUCUUUACUCAGGUGUGAUGUUUAAUGCAGACUUUAGAGAAUGGCGUACUUGCCCUGAUCAGACACUUCUUCUUCCUUUCAUCCACCAUAUCAGCAAUGUGUGAGGAGAAACAGGCUCAGAGACAUAUCAGCACUUUUGUCAUUUCAGAGUGAAUUGUAAUCGUUAGUGAUUCCAUUUGUUUCUCUGCUGCUGUGUUUCUGUCAGAUGUUUCGGCUGCUGUUUCUCCUGGCAGCUCAUUUUUAUCGUAAUCAACUUGAAUAAGGACCAAGUGGACUCAGAGACCAGAGAACACUGUUCUGUGAAAAGCUAUCUGGCCUCAACUUGUUUUUAUUGACAUUACUGAUACAUUUUUAUUACCUUGUAUUGUGUAUUCUUUAUUUCCAGUGCCAUUCAUUUGUUUAUGUGCUCUUAAAUGACAAUUUUAUAAAGUAAGGAUCUCUCUCAAGUGA